AUGGAGCCUCCUCCAACCAAACUGACACCGGGCAAGGGUGUUCAGUCGACAUCCAACAAGGGGCCUCCAUCACCCACCUUGGCAAAUGUUGUGCGCCACUUCGCUCUGGACAGCGGCUCGACGUUGCUUGCCACGGCGGUAAUGACAGUCUUGAUCUUUGGUGGAUGCUGCUCCAAUGUACGUGCUACGACCGAUUCCAACCUUGCACUUAUCCACGCAGGAACCCUCGUAACUUUCGUUCAAUUUCUAUUCGUCUCCAUAACGGGCUAUGUAGCGCAGUUCGAUAGAUCACGCCCGCCAUUCUUCAUUGCUCCCAACGUCGUCCCACUCAGCCGCUGGCUUGUCAACAUUCUCUUGUUCUUUGCCAUCAACGUAUUGAACAACCAUGCCUUCAGCUAUGACAUAUCAGUGCCGGUUCAUAUUAUUCUACGAUCCGGAGGCAGCAUAACAACCAUGGCUGCCGGCUAUCUGUACGGCAAGACGUAUUCACGACCCCAAAUCUUUGCAGUAUUUCUGCUGAGUAUCGGCGUCAGCCUCGCUGCUUGGUCGGAUUCCAAAGACAAGAAAACGACUGACGACAUUGCUGACCCUGUGUUCAACCCUGGGCUUUUGAUCAUCUUUACUGCUCAAGUACUCUCGGCUAUUAUGGGCCUGUAUACCGAAGCAACGUAUCGAAAGUACGGGCCGCAGUGGAGGGAGAACCUUUUCUAUUCCCACAUCUUGUCACUACCAUUGUUCUUGCCCUUUGCGCCUUCUAUGUGGCGCAACUUACUCGUGCUAAGCGAAAGCACCCCCCUUGCACUCAACAUACCGUUUGCUGCUUCACUACAGACAAUACGAGUUCCAUCCCAACUGGCGUAUCUUUCGGCCAACGUGUUGACCCAGUAUGCCUGUAUUCGUGGCGUGAACCUUCUUGCGGCAAACGCAUCGGCACUCACCGUUACGAUAAUACUUAGCAUUCGAAAGCUCAUGAGCCUCUUGCUAAGCAUCUGGUUAUUUGGCAACACUCUCAAAGCCGGUACCCUUCUAAGCGCGGUAGUAGUGUUUGGAGCCGCCGGUCUUUACAGUGUUGCCCCGAAACCUGUCCCGGCCAAGGAAAAGAAGAAGGAUUGAGGUUGUCACUAGAAUUUGCUUACCGCAAAACUAGAUCCGCUUGUUAUCCGGAGCAAAUGCCUUGUCAUUUGAUAGAAGAAGCCAGCUCGAGAAGAGACAGACUUCAAAGCAUCAUACGAUUUGAAGCGACUUAUUAGAGCAGUCUACAUAGAGUACAAAUCGCUUUUUAGAUUUAUAUAUACGGCAAGCGGUCGAGAUAUACAUAUCAAAUGCCCUUU